ACCGACUCUCUCUCACGCCACACGGCGGAACACAGAGAAGACCGAUACUUUCGCCUUUGGUCGCAGAUAUAAAACAACUUUUAAUUCCUCUGCUCUGGCGAUCACGCUCACUUCUGGAUAUAGAUGACUUUAUGGAGAUGCACUUUGCUUGAUCUUGAGGCGUUUGUUUUCACUAGUUUUGCUGGGAUUUUACGUUUCUCGGUUGGUACAGUCGGAAAAAAAACAUGCCGGAGAAAAUAAGUAUUUCGGAUUUUGUAUCUUUGGCGAAAGAGGACCUAUCGUCCCCGGUAAGCUCUGGAUUUCAGUCUAAAAUGAGCGACUGUCGGAGCACCGUGGCCGCGCUCGAAGAGUCUCUAGAGCAGGACCAGAUGUCCCUACAGACGAUGAAGAAAAUUGUAAAAGCCAUCCACAUCUCUGGACUCAAUCAUGUGGAAAAUAAGGAACACUACACAGAGGUUCUGGAGAAUCUGGGGAACAGUCACCUGAUGCAGGAUAAUAACGAGAUCUCCACAGGCUUCCUGAACCUGGCUGUGUUCACACGAGAGAUCACAGCACUCUUCAAAAACCUGGUGAAAAACCUGAACAACAUAAUUUCUUUCCCUCUGGAGAACGUGCUAAAGACUGAGUUGAGAGACAGCAGGCUGGAGCUGAAAAAACUGAUGGAGAAAAGCUGGAAGGAUUAUGAUGCUAAAAUAGGCAAGCUGGAGAAAGAAAGGAGGGAGAAACAGAAACAGCAUGGAAUGAUCCGGUUGGAAUCAACAGACACAGUGGAGGACAUGGAAAGAGAAAGAAGGAACUUCCAGCUGCAGAUGUGUGAGUAUUUACUGAAGAUUCAGGAGCUGAAAGUUCGACAAGGUCCAGAUCUACUGCAGAGCCUGAUCAAGUACUUUCAAGCCCAACUUAAUUUUUUCCAGGAUGGACUAAAGGCCGCAGAGAAUCUGGGUCCAUUUGUGGAGAAGUUAGCAGCCUCUGUACAUACGGUUCGUCAUGAGCAGGACGAAGAAGUAAAACAGCUCUCUCAAUUGCGCGACUCACUUAGAACACAACUACAGGUGGAUGGCAAAGAGGAUUUUCUAAACAGAAAGAACUCUGGCCAUGGAUAUAGCAUUCACCAGCCUCAAGGCAAUAAGAAAUAUGGCACAGAGAAAUCUGGAUUCCUUCUUAAGAAGAGUGAUGGGAUCAGAAAGGUUUGGCAGAAGAGGAAGUGUGGGGUUAAAUAUGGCUGUCUCACCAUUUCACACAGCACGAUCAACAGACCACCCGCAAAGCUCAACCUCCUGACAUGUCAGGUGCGGCCCAACCCUGAGGAGAAGAGAACAUUUGAUUUAGUUACACACAAUCGUACAUACCAUUUCCAGGCUGAGGAUGAACAAGAAUGCAUGAUAUGGGUGUCAGUGCUGCAGAACAGUAAGGAGGAGGCCUUGAACACGGCUCUCGGAGGAGAUCAGCUCCAGUUUCAGGACAGUGGUCUGCAGGAGCUCGUCCGAGCUGUGAUCUCAGGCCUGAGAAAUCAGCCUGGCAAUGAGGCCUGCUGUGACUGCGGAGCCCCAGAACCCACCUGGCUCUCCACUAACCUGGGAAUUCUCACUUGUAUCGAGUGUUCAGGAAUCCAUCGUGAGCUUGGAGUACAUCACUCACGAAUUCAGUCUCUCACUCUUGAUGUGCUGAGCACAUCUGAGCUCCUGUUGGCAGUGAGCAUUGGAAAUGCCAAGUUUAAUGACAUCAUGGAAGUCAACCUGCCCAAUGAUGCAGUCAAGCCCCUCCCAAAAAGCGACAUUAGCUCAGACUUUUUUGGCUUCAUUUUGUUUGCAUGUCUCAGGACAGUGAGGAAGGAGUACAUUGUAGCGAAGUAUGCAGAGCGACGCUACGUCCUCCCAAAAGAACACUCUGAAGCAUACCACGUGCAUGACACUGUGAGGAGCAAAGAUCUCACGUCACUGCUACAGCUCUAUGCAGAGGGAGAGGACCUGUCUAAACCAGUGGCCACACCUGACAGACAGGACCUGAAGGAGACCGGUCUUCUCUUAGCUGUGCGCAUGUCUGAGAAGACUUCUCUGGCUCUGGUGGAUUUUCUAGCUCAGAACUGUGGCUGCCUGGAAAAGAAGACAGCAGAAGGAAACACAGCGCUUCAUUACUGUGCAUUAUACAACAAAUCAGAGUGCUUGAAACUUUUGCUCAAAGCAAAGGCUGUUUUACACACAGUGAACUCAGCGGGUGAGACAGCUCUAGACAUUGCCAAGAGACUGCAGCACAUGCAUUGUGUCGAAUUGCUGGAAUUGGCCCACAGUGGGAAGUUCAACUCUCAGAUCCAUGUUGAAUACACAUGGGAGACGCCACAGGACAUGUAUGACAGUGAAGAUGAUCUGGACGAAAGGGUGAGUCCCCAUCCUAAGGGAUCACGGUCUCCGCUGCUCCCUACUGGCAGCAAUGGUCACUGCUCGGCUGCAUGGAAUUUAAAUAAAGGCAGCCUGGCCAGGACCUAUGAGAACGUUGACUUCCUAUAUCGAAAUCCACCCAAUAACAGCGCCCCCACUAAUGGCUCCAUGCCUCCUCCCCUGCCAGCUAAAGCAAUACAAAGAGGUCGUUCAGAUCCUCAGAUCUCAGGUUCCAUUCCAGAGACUCACGCCCCCUGCCGUCAGAGUUCCCACCCCACCGGUUGCUUUCAGAGAAUCAGCACUUCGUCCCCUGGACCAACACCUGCACACGCUCAUAGCACUGGAGGGUCAAAAGGACACAGACAGACAUUGUCCUGGGAGGGACAACUUUUCUCAGGGGCCGAGGGCAAAAAUCACUCCACCUCACCACAGAGUCAGAGAGGACCUGUCAGUUCAGAGAAGACGACCUCAUAUCGCCGCUCGAGCAGCGGGAGUCAAGGAAAGAGUUCAACCCCGUCUCCAGGGUGUGCUGGCAGUCUGGAGGAACUCUACUGCAGUCCAGUGGGUGGGGCUCCCAACCCUGCACCUCCGCCAGUGAAUGCUAACAACAGUGCCACAGUGCCAGUCAUACUGCCGCCACCUCGCUCACGCAAAAAUGCCAUGAUCUCAUUAAAGGAGAGACCCAAAAAGGUCAGAGCGUUAGUUGACUGUAGAGCAGUUGGUCCCAAUCAGCUGGCUUUCUUUAAGAAUGAGGUCAUCAUAGUGACAGCAACUGACGACCCACACUGGUGGGUGGGCCAUAUAGAGGGAGAACCUUCUAGAAGUGGCUCUUUUCCAGUCAACUAUGUACAUAAAUUAGGAGAAUGAGAUGAACCUCCAGGGACACUCGCAUUACACCACAUGGAACUAGUCUAGACUGUUGCUUUUAUCUUCAGAGCCGCUAGACCUAGAUGCUGUGGAGGCCUGAAAUGCACUUAGAAGAUGAAAGAUUGGAGACCAGACUCUUCCACAGCAUUAGUGUGGAUGCUGUAAGAUGAUCAACUGAUCCGUUUCAGUGCUGCAUGUAAUGUAUCUCAGCUGUUUAUCUGGACUGAAGGUUUGGCAGGUACAUCAUGCCAAUGACUGGACUUGGAACAGGCAGAAAACGGAUGAAAGUUGUCCAGCUUUUAAAACUUCCUGGCUGUGUUGUUUAAGCAAACAACAUCACUUGUUCUAAUUGAUAUUGGCGUUGAGGCAUUUGGACAAACACUUUGAGGUCUCUAAGAGAUUGUCAUCCAGACUUUGAGGCACUGGGUUCAUUUACUGAAGCUCAUCCUGUGGUUGGUUCAGUUGCUCAGUGCUCUCUGGAUUAUUUUAAUGACAUGCCAUUAGUACUGGCUAGACACCAGGUCCUCCAGACAGAGUUAAAGGAUGGUGUAUUUGGUUUCAUCUGUCUCCUCUGCACUGACGUCUCCUAUUGCUGCUGAUUCCCAGACAUCCAGUCUUGCACUGGGAGAUAAAGCAACUUGCAACAUUUAAAAUUAAACACUUGCAGACUUCUAGAAUCCUCAGAUGGAACACCAGGAUGUGAAUAUUAAAUUACAAAAAUAUUCAAAAAGUUUUGACUGCAGAAAGUUUACAAUUCAGUAUUUCAAGCCAUAGGAAACAACUUAACCACAGUACAGGCACUGUUAGGCCUUACAGAGCACAUAAAAACACGCAAGCCACUGCAACCUAGUUAUUUUCACAGUUUAAGUACUUGUGUUUUGGUAGCCUAUUAUUCCAUUUUCUUUGAUUCUAAAAUUCUGUAGUAAAGCAUCUCUUUUCAAGUGUCCAUAUUCUAUGCUAAUGUUUAAAAAUCUCUGUUAGCUUUGUCUAUGAAAAAAGUUCUUUCUGCACUUGCCACCCUCGCUAAGUCUUAUUUGUCUGUAUUGUUAUCGGUCAGCAUUAUGUUUUUAUUUUAAUGGGCUCUCCCUCCAAACUGAGGUGGUUUGUGGUGCAUUUGGGACGUGUCUUGAACCAGCAGACUCUGUAUAAAUGUUUGAUAAACUGAAAGUACACAACAGAUGUUUUCCCUUCUGCCAUCUCAUUGACUUCUGUGAAGCAUUUUUUAGGCAGAGAUGAACAUUACAGCAUGUUGGUUCGGCUGACUUUGUGUUUUAGGAAAGCAAAAGGUAACGCUGCGUGUAAAUUAUGCUUGUGAAAAUUAACCAUUUUGUAUCACUGUAACUUCUUAUAUUAUUGAGAAAUGUCACAUCCAGUUUGUUCAUAGCAUAUUUGAACAAGAUAUUAUUUAGCAUCUAUUUCUAAGAAUGAAAAAUGACAAUUAAAUAUUUGCAAAUCACGUGUUGUCUCUAGGAUAAUCAUACAGUAGAUUACAAAACCUUUGAUCUAACUGAGAUCAUAGUCUAGCCAUUAAAGUGCUUUAUUAUUACAGAACAUAUUGCUUAAAAAAACAUUUUCUGGGGAAAUGGCAUAAGUAUCUU